AUGCCUCCUAAAAUCAAAUCUGUGUUCUCUGAAGAAAAGAACCCUCGUGGCAUCCCGAAGGCCCCGUUUAUCGCAAACGUCGAUGAAUACAUGGGCGGGCCUGACGGAGACGUCGAAUCAACUCUGGCAAGCUUCCAGGAGGCACUGGCGAAGUACCGUUAUAUGGACUCGAGCCUAACUCAACGUCGAGCAAGCCUAGAGGAGAAAAUACCUGACAUAAAAAAGACUCUGGAUAUGGUUGAGUACCUUCAGGAGAGGAGGGAAGGCAAAAGCAAAGCCAAUGAAGACGAAGAUGAUAUGGAUGAUCUAGAAGAGGAGGGAUCGCCAAAACCUCUUAGGACAACGUUCGAGCUGAACGAUACACUAUAUGCUGAAGCUGAGCUCGAAGAUACUGAUACAGUCUACUUGUGGCUUGGAGCAAACGUCAUGCUAUCCUACAAACUACCGGCCGCCGUCGUCCUGCUUAAAUCGAAAUUGGAAGCAGCCCAGACAAGUCUGAAUAACACCAUCGAGGAUCUCGAAUUUUUGAGGGAGCAAACAACCAUUAUGGAGGUGAACACGGCUCGGGUAUACAAUUGGGACGUAAAACGAAGAAGAGAACGCCGUGAAAAGGAGGCAGCAAGGCUCGCAGUUGGCAGCGAAAGCGGUCAAUAG